AGUCUCUUGUUCGCUUCUCUGCUGCUACUGCGCUUGACUCACCUCCACCUUCCCAAGAUGUCCUGCUGUCCUCCAUCCUGUGCCACCCCAUCUUGCCCCAAGCCUUGCUGCCCUAGUCCAUGCUGCCCCCCAUGUGGCUACCCAACAGGCGGUCUGGGCAAACUGGGUUGCUGCCCCAGUCCAUGCGGCCCCUCUUCAUGCUGUGGUAGCUCCACGUCAGCGCGUUGCCUUGGCAUCACCAGUGGGGCCAGUGUCUCCUGCAUCAACCAGAUUCCACCCUCGGAAGUCACCAUACAGCCACCUCCUUGUGUCGUCACAAUACCAGGGCCAGUUCUGGCUGCCAGCUGUGAGCCUCUCCGCGUGGGAGGGUACACGGCCUGUGCCGCCUGCCCCCCUUGUGGCCGCAUCUGCAGUUAAGCUGGAAGGAGAGCUUCACAAGGAUGGGAAUGAAACGGCGACCGGAAAAGUAUAGGACGGAUCGACGGCUGGCGACUUCACGGACUUGGGUGUCAGAAAGCAGGACACUUCCCAGUUCAAAUCAAGAUCAUUUGGUGCUUAACAAGAUUCGAGAAGCCCAUGUCCACAAACAUGGGAACGUUACUUUGCAUUCUCUCUACUCUUGCCUUGAUUCCCCCCCCCCUCAGUUUCAUUUUCCUAAGCGUAUGUUGAUUCUGACACCAGAAGGAUAUGAACGUCUUCCCUCUGUGGGCCUCCAAAUAUUUUGGGGGCUUACUAAGGUCUUCCUGUCUCGACAGUAAGCUUUGUUGAACACUGUAUUCAUUUGCUUUAUGACCUUUCGGUUAUCCCAAAUGGGCAGUGGGGAAGCCACUGUUUGCUGAGUUAAGAAGGUAUGAUUGUUAUCCCUGAAACUGCUUCACUGGAAAUGAAGUCACCCCCUCCCCUUUCCCCCCAAUAAAGCUUCAG